AUGGGUUACAUUCAUAGAGAUGUUAAGCCAGAUAAUAUGUUGAUCUCUCGAAGUGGUCACAUAAAACUUGCCGAUUUCGGUACUUGCGUGAAAAUGAACAAAAAUGGAGUCAUCAAGUGCUCGACAGCCGUUGGUACACCAGACUACAUUGCUCCUGAAAUUUUGCAAAAUCAGGGUAAAGAAGCUGAGUUUGGCACCGAAGUGGACUGGUGGGCAGUUGGAGUUUUCAUUUAUGAAAUGUUGAUUGGUGAAACACCAUUCUUUGCGGAAGCCUUGGUGUCGACCUACUCUAACAUCAUGGAUCACAAAAAUAGUCUCCGUUUCCCUGAUGAACCUGCGAUCUCAGCACAUGCAAAGGAUCUCAUAAGGAAGUUCCUCUCGUCAGCCGACGUCAGGCUGGGAAAAUCAGUAGACGCAAUUCGAGCACACCCAUUCUUCAAGAAUGAUGAAUGGACGUUUGAGACUCUUCGUAAUGCUACUCCUCCGGUCAUUCCCGAGUUGAAAGGCGAUGAUGACACUACUCAUUUUGAGGACAUUGAAGCGAAACCCAUGAAUGAGUCCUUCCAGCUCCCAAAGACUUUUAUUGGGAAUCAACUACCAUUCAUUGGCUUCACCUACUCGAACGAGUUGAGGAUCAUAUUGAAGUUUGCUAGCCAACUAGCACUUCCUUCCAGCCCUAUCUUGAAAAUCCAAGAAGCGACUGGCUCUAAUCCACCCAUUAACACAGUAGCCAAGGAACAAGCUCCGUCAAUAUCAAAUGGAAUAUCAGAUAGCGAAUUUGAGGAAGUGAAUAGUCAGCUCGCAGCGGCGAAAUCAGCUCUUCUCGAAUCUGAAAAGAAGCUACGAUCCCAGCUCGAAGAGACGGGUAAAAAGGAGGAAACCAUUCGCAAAUUGGAGGCGACGUGUACCGAAAAUUUGCGGAUUACUGAAAACGAAAUGGUGCAAAUGCAAGAACGCCUGAGGCAGCUGUCGGAGUCAGCCAAUGAUAGGCGGAUGGAACAGGAGUUGCGAGUUCAACGCGAAGUCGUGCGCAGUCUCGAGGAAAAACUGGCCAAGGCUCGCGAAGACGAGGCGGCUGCUAAACUCGAGGUGCGUGAGGUGCUCAAUAAACUCGCCGAAGAGAAGGAAGCUAGUCGAAGGCAGGCUAUGACUAUUGGGGAUCAAAAGCGAGAAAUUGAGACCCUACGAUUGAAGAUUUCUGACCAGAGCACGAAAGAGGAUGAGCUCACGAGAAAGCUGAAAAAGGCACUCGAGGAUAGGAAGGAAAAUGGCAUUUUCCAGGUCGAUCAGCUUCGUCGUGAACUUUAUCAAGAAACGAAAAAGAAGUCCGAUGCUCAAGCCGAAUUGACUAAUGAAAAUAUGAAGCUGAAACGCGAGCUGCAAGAUUAUGAAGUCCGGUUGGAAGUGAUGAAGCAGGAAAACUGUAGUUUGGAAUACCGAUUGAGCAACAUCCAAGAAGAACAAAACAGGGAUCAGCAGUGCAUUAGCUUGUAUCAGAGCGAAAUCAAGAUGGCUCAUGAACACGCUGAAGACCGUGAGAAAUUGCUCAGGAACUCCGUUAUCGAAUUGGAAAAAGUCGCUGAUCAGUACAAAAACCUUGUCGAAAAUGAGCGCUUGGCAAGGCAGAUCGCUGAGACGAAUGUGAAUGAGUUUGACAAGGAAAAGACUAUGCUGAAAGAGGAAGUUAAGCAGCUUGUUGCUCGCCAUGAAAAGGAGAUUCAAGCCAAGGACAUGCAGAUAGCCAUUUUGAGUGAAAGAGAAUCGGAGUUGGAACUAUCGCGUUCAAUGACCCAUCUCAAUGAAAAAGCAGCGGAGAUCGAAGAAGCUGAAGCGGUGAUUGCUGACUUGAAGAGCUGGACCUCGAAAAGGCGCACAAAAGAGGCUGUUAUCGUGAAGCUUGAGGAAGAAAUGGCGAAGCGAGUCGACAAGAAGGGAGGCAAGCACAUCACAAAGGCUGAUCUGCUGAAGAAAGAUCGCGAAAUCAUCCACCUCCAACAAGAAACUCGCCGUCUUGGAAUUCAGCUUGACGAGGUGUACAGUGAUAAGGUGCGAAUGAUGACAGACAUGACCAGGGAGUUGGAAGAGGAAGUUGAAGAGGAAACAAACGACAACGAUGCGAACUCAAAAGAAGAGUUGGACGAGGUAAAGCGAAGGCGGGAUGGCACGAUAGAUGAGACACGAUCAGUUGAUUCACGUGACAGUAUACCGCAUGCCAUACGCAAUCUUCCGCACACCGGUUGGGUGUCAAUGAAACCGGAGAAGCGAAGCGCUGGAAGUAGGAAAAUGAAGUGGGUCAACUACUACGCUGUGCUGAACGCCGUCGCCUUCCAGUUGUUCCCUGACGAGAAGCCACAUUCCGCUGCUGUCAUGUCGAUAGAUACCCGCCAAUUGUGUCAUGUUCGCUUGGUUACCGCCGCUGAUGUCCGUGUUGCUGAUGCUGAACAAAUACGGAGGAUAUUCCACAUCAUGUUUGAUGAUCGCGACAGUGGUUCCACAAGUCGGAAUGCCUCAACUAAUGACCUAAGCGUGUCGUCGGCUUCACAGAAAGAUGAGUCAUGGAAGAGCCACGACUUCCAAGAGUUGACUUUCCAUAUGAGCACUUACUGUGAUAUCUGUAGCAAGAAGCUCUCCGAUCUCGUCCGACCGCCACCAGCUUAUGAAUGCAAAAACUGCCGGUUGAAGAUUCAUAAAGAUCACGUCAAUACACCACAGUUGACUGUUUGUAAAUACACUGGUGUUGUUCGAGAAUGGCUAUUGAUGGCGUUGACAAAGGAGGAAUGCAAUCAAUGGGUGAGCCUGCUGCAGAGAGUGAUGGCGACGCAGAGCUCCAAUCCGAUAUCGCGUGUGUCGUCGAAAAUCCUUUCUGUCGCAUUA